AUGUUAUGCUAUAGAGGCCCUCCCCGUCGCGUCCCCUCCCCUUCGCCUCCCCUUCCCCUCCCCGUCACGUCGCCUCCCGUUUCCCUCCUCGUCGCGUCCCCUGUCCGUCGCCUCCCCGUUGCGUCCCCGUCGCGUCCCCUCCCCGUUGCCUCCCCUUCCCAUCCUCGUCGCGUCGCCUUCCCUUUCCCUCCCCGUCGCGUCCCCUUCGCCUCCCCGUUGCGUCCCCUCCCCGCCGCGUCCCCUUCCCCUCCCCGUCGCGUCCCCUCCUCGUCGCCUCCCCUUACCCUUCCCGUCAUGUCGCCUCCCGUUUUCCUCCUCGUCGCGUCCCCUCCCCGUCGCCUCCCCGUCGCGUCCCCUCCCUGUCGCCUCCCCUUCCCAUCCUCGUCGCGUCCCCUCCUCGUCGCGUCCCCUUCCCCUCCCCGUCGCGUCCCCGUCACCCCCCGCCCCCUUCAAGUCGCCUCCUCGUCCCUUGUACCCGCCGCCCCACCCUGGGCCCGACACCCCACCCUGUACCCAUCGCCCUAA